GGUCGGUAAGAGAAUGUGUAAUAGCUUCUCCGCCCUAUGCAAUGUCCACGGAAUAAAAUCAUGUUCACGUUUGAACAUAAAGUACGUACCGACAAGUCGUUUGUGAACAUGUCUGUAGUUGCUAAUGUGCAUCACCCAUUGACAUUGCGCUCGCUUACAAGGCGGGAAAGCUAUUACAGUUUUUCAUAUAGGCCUGACCGCUCUCUCAGUUUUUUCUCUAAUAACAGAUUAAUAAUUUUCUUUAAAUUAAAAAAAAUGCAAAGAUCUAGUACUAAUACAGAUGAUAAACAAACGGAAAAAGAUACGACAGCUGUAGAAAAGAAAAAAUUGCUUCGUCAAAUAAGAGAACUGAAUUCCAUAAUCGAACAGUGUAAGUGGAGUCUGGAGACAUUGCGUUUUAAAAAUGUGGAAGGACGAUUAAACGAGCCAGCAAGUUUGAAUGUUCCAUCAAGCUUGAAAAAUUUGCCAAAUGUUGAUGUCGAUCUGCAGAAUGAUUUGUACAGAUUCGCUGGUCUGAACUGCGUUAACGUUCAUGGAAAUGAAGUUACAUUUAAUUUUGUAUCGACUUCAAAUGAACAGGAAGCUAAAAACAAGUAUGCUGUGCAGAUGUUCAUUAAAGAUGGAAAAGGUCAUUUGGGAAAAUGGGUGAUGCCUAUGUCAAUUGAUAUGAGUGAAAUACUAGCUAAGACACCUAUUGAUAGCUUAAAAAACUUAAAUCCAUUUGUGAGGACUUGUAAGCAUUAUAUUGAUUGCUACACUGAGCGACAACAGCAGUUUCUGUCAUUAAAGAAGCAUGUAUCAAAUAUGCAGCACUUUAACCUACAAUCUAAUACGGGAUAUACCAAAAUCAGUUUGGAAUUAUAUGGAGUACAUGAUUGUGAAAAUGAUAAAUAUAUAAAUAUAGUAGUGUAUCUGCAAUAUCAUUCUGAUAGAACAAGACCACAUAAAAUCGAAGUAGAAACAAAUGACAAAAAUAUCUUGAGCAAUGAUGCAAAACAGAGAUUGAAAGUAUGUUUAAAAGAAUUUAAAUUAUCGGAUUUACCAACAGCAUUUGAAAGAGUUUUAGCAAAUGACUCUGAAUUUGCAUGGAUGAGAACAGACGACAGUGACAGCCCAUUGGAAUUACAUUAUUCUAGCGAUUCCGACGAGGAGGGGUUUCUGGAACAGUUACAAUCAGAACGGAAAAAAUCCUUGAGACAAGCCAAGAAAAAGCAGGAACUAAGAAAAAAAUGGAAUAAAAGGAAACGGCAAAGAUAUACUGAAUCGAAACUUACAUCUGAUAGUGAUUUAGAACCAAAUGAGUCUAAUACUGAAGAUUCAAAAAGAACAAGGAAGAAAAAACAAGCAUUUAAAGAUAAUUCAGAAACAAAUGCAUCACAUACUGAAAAUCCAAGAGAAAUUUUAAGAAACAAGAAAAAAAAAGCAUCUAAAGAUAAUAUAGAAGCAACUGAGUCACAUAGUGAGAAUAAAAGUUUAAGAAGUGGAAAAAAAAGAAAAACAUCUAAAGAUGAUUCAGAAGCAGAUACACUACUUACUGAAAACUCCAGAGAAAAUUUAAGAAAAGGGAAGAAAAGAAUUGCAUCUAUUCUGAAACAGCAACAGAAUAUUGAUAAAAAUUUGUUGGAAGAUGAUACACCAAAAGUAAAAAAUAAAUUAAAACAAAUAAAACUGAAUUUUCAAGAUCAUUUGGUUACAUCCUCAGGCAGUGCAGAGAAUUCUAUAUUUUCACCUAACCUGCGUAAUAGAUCUGACAAGAAAGCUACAUUAAUUACAAGUACUCCACUAGAUCGUGGACGUACCAGUAAGACAUCUUAUCUGGAGGCUAUAAAUAUCACAGAUAUUGAAAAGCCUAAGAAAACUAGAAAUUUCAAGAACAGAGAGCUCAGAAAUCUAAGAGCUCAAAACAAUACUAAAACUCUAAGAAAAAGUCCCAGAUUAUCAAGAUCUCCUAACAAAUCUGUUUUCUCAUGAUGUUUAAAAAUUAUGGAAAAAAUUCAUUGCUUUUUUGAAAAUAAUCAUAUAUAUAUUAUAAAUAAUUUUAUGUUAUGAAUAUUGUACAUUAAUUGAUUCGUGUUUUGUCAUAUGAAAGAAAUAGUCAUAUAAAUUAAAUAUUGCACAAGAAUAAAUGUGACGUGUAGGUGCAAUAAAAAAUAAAUGUGUGAAGAUACAGAAAGCAAAGUUCACAAU